AUGGAUAAAAACGGGCCGGACGCACGGGGGUCCAAGUGCGCGCGUGACAACGGCGUCGUCUGCGCGGGCAAGAGCAGCAGUGACUCUCGUAAAAAACGUCCCCAAGACCCGCCAAAAACAGAUCCCGAAGUAAACAAAAACGAGAGCUCCGUCAAUCCUUACAAUCGAGCUCUGCGUGAAACCUCUCAGGUCUCAGCUACCGGUGCUGCUUCUACUGGCCAGCAGCAACAGCAACAGUCGUCGUCGCCGCCGAGCGAACAAGAUUACCAGUACAGCAGUCUAGUUAAUACGAUGUCCUCGCCGGUCAAAUCAAACAGCUAUUUCAAGUGCAGCGUCGAGUCGUCGUCGGGCAUUUGCAGCCGAGUCGUCGAAACCAGUGGUGGCAUGACUAAUGAGCUUCUGCUUUCGAUUUCCGGCGAGGGCGAGGCCUCGAGCGUAGGCGGCGAGUGGACGAGACACGAGAGCUUCAAAAAGAUCAAGAACCACGUCGAGGAUGCCGUGAAGAAGCACAAGGUUUUCCUAUUGCGAGGCGAGCUGCCAAGGCUGAAGGAGGCCCUUGAGGAGCGCGGCUGGAUCCAGAAGUACGAGUCGACCAGGACGAGAUCGCUGCCGUAUGGUUGCUCGACGUCGCUCGAGGCCAAGUCGCUGGGCGACGUGCGUAUGCCGGACGGCACGCUGAACGAGCGGGCGCUCACCUACUUCCUGCUGCGUCACGCGCAGCCCGACUUCAUCUGGGACUGUCGCAACGACUUCGUCGAGUGGGAUCGCGGCAUCGGCUCGGCUGUGCUCCUCAAUCGCUUUCAGAAGCCCUCGUUAUACACUUCCAAGCUCGGAAUGGCUCACGUGCUGCAAGAAGCGCACUGGCUCCACGAGACGAAUGUGGCGGACGUGUUUUUUCCGCGCUGCUACAAUCCCAGCCGCGAGCUCUCGGCCCUGGUGCAGGACUUUCGUCGUAGCGCCGCCAUAGUCGUGCUGCGCUGCUUCGUCGACCGCAUGCGAAAUAACAUAGCCACUGGCUUGACACCCGCGCCGGUUUCGCAGGCGGAGAAUCAAGCGGGAGCAGCCGUUGUUUCGACUGACAAACAGCGAAAUGAUGAAAACAACAACAACAACAACAACAACGAUGGUCGUCAGAACGAGAUUUAUCUGAAUCUGGAGCCCGUGGAAUUUUGCAUCAGGGCCUGCCGGGAGUACGUUGCGGAACUCGAGCACGAGGACAUCGACAUGGACUCGGACAAGGAGAUAAGCGACGAGGAGUGGCGCUCGUUCAUCGAAGAUUACGACAAGGUUCUGUACAAGAUCGAGGCGCUGGAUGAAUUUUCCAAAAUUACCGCCAGUGGACUCGAGGAAUGUUACUCCGUGGCACAAGCCGUUCUGGAUAAGCUCAAGUGCCUCGACUCGCAGUACGAACUCAACGGCGCCAGGAAUAUCUGGAUCGUGAAGCCGAGCAAUCUCUGCUGCGGCUCGGGCAUCUUCAUGACCCACGAGCUCAAGACGAUCUUGAGAAAAGUCGAGUCCAAGCCCAAGGAUUAUUACAUCGUGCAGAAAUACAUCGAGCGUCCGUUUUUGGUGUAUGGAACGAAAUUCGACAUACGUCAAUGGUUCCUCGUUACUUCGACCUAUCCCAUGACCAUAUGGUCGUUCAAGGAGGCACUGCUGCGCUUCAGCUCGAGGCCCUACACGCACACGACCUAUCACGAGGCCAUCCACCUCUGCAACACCGCCGUCCAGGAGAGGUACGACUACGAGCGCCGGCGACGUAAAAAUCGCUACGCAGCUUCGACGGCUAGCAACCGGGAUCUGCUCGAACCGACGGUGCGAGAUCAAGGAUGGGAUUGCGAAAAGCUGAACGAAUAUUUGAAGAGCGUGGGUUACGAAGGUGAGCCGUACUACGAGAAGAUAUAUCCGAAGAUGUCGCAGGCCAUAGUGCUGACCAUGCUCGCCGCCCAGGACUUCAUGGAUCGUCGACGCUGCAGCUUCGAGCUCUACGGCGCCGACUUCAUGAUAAUGGAGGACCUCUCCGUGUGGCUGAUCGAGAUUAAUACGAAUCCAAGGAUGCACCCGCCGAGCUCCAAGAUCACCCAGCGUCUGUACGGCUCCGUGCUCGACAGCUUGGUAAAAGUGGUAAUGGACCUGUCGACGAAUCCCGCGGCCGACACGGGCGGCUUCGAGCUCAUCUACAAACAGAUCAUACCGGAGACUCAGCCCUACCUCGGGCCGUGCUUCUUCGCCUUCGGCAAAUCGAUGGUGCUGAAUGAGCCGGUGCUGAAAAAACGACCCGGUUACGGCGGACACGAUGGAAGUAACGGCAGUGGCGGAGGUAAUAGCAGCGGCUCGUUCGUGCCCAUGGAGCCUUGCUGCGGUCAUCAUGGCAAAUAGAGAUGUAAC